GAGAGAUAAUGGUUUAUUAGAGUAAUAGAAAUAUUUCAAGAUUUAAUUGAAAUGAAAUUUUAGCAGAAUUAAAAUAAUUUCAAACUCUCUUGAGUGCAAGACCAUGGACAUUUCUACAGAUUAAAAUAAGCAACAGAUAUUUUUGAAUGUUCUGUAACAUGGAUGCUCUUGGAAAGUCUGAUUUGGAAGUACUCUCUGCUCCUACAGUUCGCUGCUAUAAGCAUGACCGAAAUGAAAAAUUGAAUUUUAUGCUUAAUGUCUUGAUGGUUGCAGCUUUGGUUUCUGCUUUUAGUUUUGGAACUGGCCAUUUCAUUGGCUCAUCACACAAAUGUAGGAGUAUUGAUGGAUAUUUAACUGAACCCUUAGUUAUACAAACUCCUGAUGGCCUAUUGAAACAUAAUGUCUUGAAGAAACUCAGUUCUGAGAAGCAUAGCUGUAAGCAGCGAUGUUUGAAUGACAUUGAUGUCACUGAAGGUGUUACUAUGGAAACAGCUGGAUAUAGCUUUGCCAGAGAAGUUGUUGAUGGAGAAAAAGAUAUGGUGACAUUGGUUUCAAAUAAUUUACUUAAAAACUCUGCUGUGGUACUUGAUAAGUCAAUGAAUAGUGUGUUCAAUAGUCUAAGUGAAAAAAACAAUGUAAAUGAUUCAGGUGAUACUCAUGAAGCAGAAAAUGACGAAGUAACCCAGAAUUUUAUGAAUACUGUAUCUAAAAUCACAGAACAGCAAAGCAGUGAUAUUUUAAAUUUAAAUAUCAUGGAAAAAUUCCGGGAGAAAAUAAAACAUGUCAAUAAUAAAGAAUUAGAUUUACUGACUAAUCUCAAACAGGACAUUACUGUGGUAAUAAAUUCUCUGAAUUUAAUUUUUGGUUUAAAAUCUAAAUUUAGUGAUGAAGAUCUUAAAGCAGUGAAAAAUAUGCACAAAAGUUUUGAAAUGGGCUUAAAUACAAAAAUAUCUGAAUUAGAAAUGUAUGUUAAUGAUCCUUUGUAUGAACAAAGACCACAAACUUUCAGAAAGCAAUUUUUCAGUUUGAUUCAGUCAAUUGAUGGCUUGUUGAAAGCUCAUAUAAAAAGCUUUAAGAAAAAUAAUGUACCGAUGAAUAAGACACGAUUAAAUAACGUAAUUUUGAAAUCACUUGAUGAUCUAGAAAGAAAAUGGAAAAACAGUCAAUUUAAAUCUAAAAACUUCAAAAAGAAGCAUUCUGAGAAGAUUGAAAAGUUCCCAAAAAAGAAGACUAAGCAAAUGAAAAAAAAAGUCUUCCAUGCUAGCGAUAAAGUAAAAGUUACUCAUAAAAAAAAUAAUUAUUUAAAAAAGUAUAAAUUUUAACAUGGAGUUUCUGUAAACUAUCGUUGCAGUUAUUUCGAUGAUCAAUUUUAUUAAAUAUCAAGAUUUAAUGCAGGGAUAUUGUUCUUAACUUUAAGAUGAAAGUUUUCGUGACCUAUAAUGUUUUAA